AUGCGGAGCCCCGUGGGUUACGUUUUGAAGCAGACGCCAGACACUCUUCGGAGACUGCAAGAUAUGUAUGCCAAGGCCGCGGAGUUCUCAUACCAAAUUUGGACUGAGAAAGAGUUCACGAAGGUCGGUGACCCUUCUGAGUUCUUGGGCCAGCCAUAUAGCUGUAAUGGCAAAAGAUCGUAUUUACAUAACUCGGUCAAUUUGUACUCUGGGGAUGAAAGUGAGACAGAAGGUCAGCUCAUAUCUAUGGUUGCACGACCUAUGCUCGAAGAAUAUGGUGGUCGCCAAUCCUACCAUGAUAAGUAUCGUCCCAACUACCUUGUGGCAAACACGUGGUUGGAAGCAAUUGUUUGGAUGCAUAAUCCUAACCCAGACGACCCUGAUGAUGGGCCUGACGUGAAACCAAAAGCUCUUCCUCGCCGAGUUGAUCCGUCUACCUUGGAACCGCCAGGGGCAAGAUUGCUUAGGGGCUUAGACACAGUGACCUUGCUAGAUCUUGUCAAGCCCCAUCUAGAUGCUUUCGCCGAUGAAUUAAGGCCUUUAGUAGAGGGAUUACGCGAAGAAAUAACGCGACUCAAGUCCGAGGGUGGCGAGAAAAAACUGUAUGAUAUCAACUCAAGCGUAGAGAUCAAGGCGAUGCGAAAGAAACAUAACAAGGAAAUUAAACUUCGGGACCGUCAGGUUCAGCAGCUCCAACAGGAGAUUGGUGAAAUGUCCCUGGAGAUAAAACGCCUCAAGCCUGAAUUUCAUUAA